AUGGACGACGACUACGGUGCAGAUGACGAGCUCCUGGCCGCUAUGGCCGCAGCUGAUCCCACGCCUGCUGCACGGUCAAUUCAGCAACCCACGCCUUCACGAAUCCAACAACCUACACCACAACGUCUAGACAAAGCACCGCCACCUGCCUCCAGCGCGGGAAAGGUCGUUCAGCCAACACCACAGGCUCUACCUCAGAAGCAGUCUGGUUCAACUAUCCUGGUAUCUCCGCGCCAGCGAGGAAAUCCUGUUCUUACGAGCAUUCGAUCUAUGCCAUGGGAGUACAGCGACAUCCCUGCCGACUAUGUCCUGGGAUUGGGUACUUGUGCUCUGUUCCUGAGUCUCAAGUACCAUCGUCUGCAUCCCGAAUACAUCUAUACACGAAUACGUAACCUUCAAGGCAAAUACAACCUGCGCAUACUCCUCACAAUGGUCGACAUUCCCAACCACGAAGCCUCCCUGAAAGAACUAUCAAAGACAUCACUCGUCAACAAUGUCACCCUAAUUCUCUGCUGGUCCGCCGCUGAAGCUGCACGCUAUAUCGAGUUAUACAAGAGCUACGAGAAUGCUACAUUCGGCGCAAUCCGUGGCCAACAACCGUCCAGCUACGGCGAGAAGUUGGUAGAAUUCGUCACAGUGCCAAGAAGUCUGAACAAAUCAGAUGCGGUCGCCGUAGUGAGCAAUUUCGGCAGUUUGAAAAAUGCAAUCAACGCUGAUGCAGAACAACUCGGUAUGCUCAACGGAUGGGGAGGAGUCAAAGUCAAGAGGUGGCAGUCCGCAGUCGAAGAGCCAUUCAGAGUGAAAAAGGCUGCCAAGAGAGGCGCAAAGGCCUCGGAUCGAUCAGCAAGACUUGACCAGGCUUUACCUCUUUCGCGGGUUCCUCUACGGGAUAUGCCAACCGCUGCAUCAUCUUCGCGACAAUCUCCCGCCACAGACACACCUGCUGCAGAAAAGGCAAAUGAGCCUACAUCGAAGCAAUUCCAGUUUAUGGACAACACGGAUGACGAAGACGAUGAAGAAGCCAUGCUUGCCGCUGCUAUUGAGGCUUCGAAGAAGACUGCACAGACAGAAGAGGCCACUCGUGCGAGCCAGACCGAUAAGGACGAGCAACUCAGUGGCGGUAUUGCUGCUGCAUUGGCAAGACUGCGAGAGAAUGAUUGA